CGCACCUCUGACGUGGAAGGAAGCGGAAGUGCUUUUUACCUAAACAAGGAAGGAAAACUUGGACAUCUUGAAUAUGAGUCGAAUAUAUCACAACACUUGUUUGCAAAACAAAGAAGUACACAAUGAGACAUUUGACAGGGCCUGGUCAACCUGCUCGUAUGAAAGUGGCCAAGGAGUGCUUGUUGAAGGAACACUUGUGGAUCUUUCCAGACAUUUACUGACUGAUGUCAACAAUAAGAAGGUUCGUUACUAUGUGCUGUACAUCAAACCGAAACGCAUCCACCAGAGGAAAUUUGAUGCCAGUGGGAAGGAGAUUGCGCCUAACUUCAGUGAUAGCAAAAAGGUCAACACAGGCUUUCUGUUGUCUUCUUACAAGGUGGAAGCUAAGGGGGAGUCUGACGUUCUGUCUGAGCAGCAGCUGUCAGCAAUCAUACGAAAGGACGAGCUGGUAAAGAUAACGGACAAGCACAGGCCAGGUGGGACAUGGGCCUUCUGGUACCCUGAGUCUGACAUGGACAACACAGAGCUGGAGAUGGAAACUGAUGUUCGACUGAAGACCAGAGGAAACAGUCCAUUCAUAUUCUCUUUAGCAACAGUGGACAGCGGCACUGUGACCAAGUGCAACUUCGCUGGAAGUGCAAAGGUUGGGGCAUCAUGGACGGACAAGAUCAUGGCCAAUAAAGCUGGUACAGGCAGCACCCAGAACCCUGAAGGGGAAGGAGAAGGAGCCCAGGAGGAUGAAUGGGAUGACUGAAGAAAAAGCCUUUUCCCAUCUUCAGAAUCUCCACGUGCGUACACUUUGUGGCCUUGGGUCUUCUCCAAUACUUAAUGAUGUAAGUGUCCUGGCAGUAAAACUGGCAUAGUUUUGUACUCAUUUGGUCCUUUCUGUCCACAUGUUUGUCCUUAUUUCAUGUUUUUAUUUCCGGAUUAUUUGUUGACAUUCUGUUUUUCUGACUACCGUGAAAACAUAUUUUAAUCAAUGUUUAUCAAUCGUUAAAUCAUCAAAUAUUAUCAAUAUUUGCUGUUCAUAUUCUCAGGGCACUCAAUUGAUCUCAACUGGACUGUUUAGUUUGUCUUGGAAGAGGUUUCACCUCUGAUCUACACUACCGUUCAAAAGUUUGGGGUCACCCAAACAAUUUUGUGGAAUAGCCUUCAUUUCUAAGAACAAGAAUAGACUGUCGAGUUUCAGAUGAAAGUUCUCUUUUUCUGGCCAUUUUGAGUGUUUAAUUGACCCCACAAAUGUGAUGCUCCAGAAACUCAAUCUGCUCAAAGGAAGGUCAGUUUUGUAGCUUCUGUAACGAGCUAAACUGUUUUCAGAUGUGUGAACAUGAUUGCACAAGGGUUUUCUAAUCAUCAAUUAGCCUUCUGAGCCAAUGAGCAAACACAUUGUACCAUUAGAACACUGGAGUGAUAGUUUCUGGAAAUGGGCCUCUAUACACCUAUGUAGAUAUAGCACCAAAAACCAGACAUUUGCAGCUAGAAUAGUCAUUUACCACAUUAGCAAUGUAUAGACUGUAUUUCUUUAAAGUUAAGACUAGUUUAAAGUUAUCUUCAUUGAAAAGUACAGUGCUUUUCCUUCAAAAAUAAGGACAUUUCAAUGUGACCCCAAACUUUUGAACGGUAGUGUAAGUAGGCUUCAUCAGUUCAUGCUCAUAGACCAUAGACUUGGAUCUAGUCUAGAAGCUGGUGCCACAACCCCAGCUAUUUAUUUUUCAACACAAGGAAGUAGGGUUGUAGGUAUUGGUAUAGUACCGCGAAACUAAUGAAUCAUAUUCGGUGCUAUACCGCCUCUGAAAAGUACAGAUCCCCCAAGUCGUCGUCACAUCAUGUCGUUGCUGGUUUAUGAGCAGACAAGCAUGUUCAGCAGCGCACAAUCACAGAGUACUUACAAGCAGACACAGUGUGUAAACAGAAAAGGGAGAACGGACGCAUUUUUGCUUAAAAACUAACGAUAAAGGUGAAGUUAUAACACUGAAACGCCCUCAGGAAGAGGUGCAUUAAGACAUGGCUAGCUAGCGGCUAACGUCCAUACACAGUGUUUUAGCUACUUCUAAGUCACUAAUCCUCGCCUCCAUGGUGACAAAUAAAGUACGUUUCUUACAAGUAUCAUCCCUGCAGGACGAGGAAUAGCUAAACAUGCUUCACUACAUACCGUAGCUCACCGGCGUUAAAAUGUAAACAAAUGCCAUGGGUGGAUCUACACCUAACAUCCACUGUAAUGAUACCAAGUACAGGAGCGUAUCUAGUUGAUACUACUAUGAUUACGUCAAUGUUUUUUAGCAUCACAAAAUCUUAUUUUGUUUUUUUUAAAUAUGUAUUAUGUUUAUAAACUCAGGAAAUAUGUCCCUGGACACAUGAGGACUUUGAAUAUGACCAAUGUAUGAUCCUGUAACUACUUGGUAUCGGAUUGAUACCUACAUUUGUGGUAUCAUCCAAAACUAAUGUAAAGCAUCAAAAAACAGAAGAAUAAGUGAUUAUUACAUUUUAACAGAAGUGUAGAUAGAACAUGUUAAAAGAGAAAGUAAGCAGAUAUUAACAGUAAAUGAACAAGUAGAUUAAUAAUUCAUUUUCUACCACUUGUCCUUAAUAAUGUUGACAAAACAAUAGCAUGGAAAAUGACACAAUAUGUUACUGCAUAUGUCAGCAGACUAAUUAGGAGCCUUUUUUUGCUUACAUACUAAUAAAAGACAAGUUGUAUUGUAUGUUCACUAUUUUAUUUAAGGACAAACUUGCAAUAAGAAACAUAUGUUUAAUGUACCCUAAGAUUUUUUGUUAAAAUAAAGCCAAUAAUGCAAUUUUUUGUGGUCCCCUUUAUUUAGAAAAGUACCGAAAAGUAGCGAAAUUCAUUUUGGUACCGGUACCAAAAAAACAACUGUUGAGAUGCAAAAGAGCAAGCCUUCUGUCAUGCUAACGACAGAAUGGAAUUUCCCCUUGUUAGCAUUGAAGUAUUGUGUGGCAAAAACGAUUGCUGUGGAUCGACUACUAUCAACCCAAUCAAUCAAUCAAUCAAUGUUUAUUUAUAUAGCCCAAAAUCACAAGUGUCUCAAAGGGCUGCACAAGCCAAUACGACAUCCUCGGUACAGAGCCCACAUAAGGGCAAGGAAAAACUCACCCCAUCAUUGGUGAGACUGGAAUCUCCCAUGUUAGCAUUCCUUCAGUUGUAAAAAAAAAAUGGCACAAAAGGAGCAUCUGUGA